AUGACACCCGCCAUCGAUCUCGAAGCUGCUGCUAACCGUCUCGACUCGUACACUCCUGCUGCUUUCCACAUGCAGCAACACCAUCACCUCCACAAAGACACUGCCGACCUCCUCAUGGAGGCAAAAGAAGCUCAGCGCAUCAAGACCCUCGAGAUCAUGGAUGCUCGGGCCGAACUCCUCCGCUCCAAGCUCAACGAUGACGCUUCCAGCAUCACUACCGCCGUCGACUCCAACAGCGGCAGCCCCGAAAAGGUGAUCGAUGACUUUCACGAUCCUUGCGGUCCCUUUGAAGGCCCCGAGAAGCUCCUUGAGCUUUGGUUUGCCGAGGAGCCAGCCGACGUUAGCGCUUGUCGAUGGUCCGACCCGGACGCUCGCCCCAACCAUUUUGGCCUUCGCUCGGUUCCCAGAGCCAUCUGGGAAACCAUGCUGGACAUUGUCAAGUGCAAGGUGCUCAGCGUCAUCCAAGGCUCUCACGUUGACGCCUACUUGCUCAGCGAGUCUUCCAUGUUUGUCUUUCCGCACAAGCUCAUCCUCAAGACGUGCGGCACCACCACUCUCUUGCUCGGCCUCGAGAAGCUUCUGACCAUCGCUGCCAAAGCUCUUGCCGGUCUCAACACCGCUUCUAGCUUUGCCAAGCUCUCCUCCCCCGACAUCGACGACCAGGAUCACGAUGAUGAGGCGUCCACCGCCAUGUCCGACUCGAGCUUUGUCCAGGAACGUCAGCUCGGCGCCAUUGUCAAGCACGCCUUUUACAGCCGAAAGAGCUUCAUGUUCCCCGAGCGUCAGAAAGGCCCUCACCGCGACUGGAUGCUCGAAGUGGCCGUUCUCGACCGCUUUUUCGACCAUGGCUCAGCCUACACGGUCGGCAAAAUGAACGGCGACCACUGGCUGCUCUGGAUGGGCUGCGAGGGUGCGCGCGAGGCCGAACCUUUUUCCAUCGCUGCCGCUGAUACCAUCGAGCGGCCUCUGACUCUGCCCGCUCCCUGUGUCGAGGACCAGACGCUCGAGAUUCUCAUGACGCACCUCUCGCCUGCUUCGUGCGCUCGAUUUGUGUUUGACGAACAGCUUCCGCACCCCACCGUUGCAGAGUGCUACCCACGCAACCACUUGUCAGCCACCGAAGCGUCAGCACCCGCUUCAUCGCUCGACAAAGGCCACGCGCUCGGUCUCGCUCUCUCCAACAAACUCGGCCUUACCGAGCUCUUUCCCGAAACCGAACUCGACGCUUUCGCGUUUGAGCCUUGCGGCUACUCUGCCAAUGCCGUCAUGCCCCGCGGCGGUAAGAACGACAAUGCUGGCUACUGGACCAUCCACGUGACCCCCGAACAAGACUCUUCCUACGCUUCCUUCGAGACCAACGUCGCUCUCUGCUCUAACAGUCCUUCCAGCACCAUUCGGGACGAGCAGACUACGCUCGAGCUGCCCACCAAUCUGCCCACCUUGGUCAGGCGUGUGGUCGACAUCUUUGAACCGGGCAAGAUGUCGGUCACCCUGUUCGUCUCGACUUCCGAGCAUGCCGAGGAGGUUGAGGGUGACAAGGCUGUCUUGACCAACGAGGACAUCCUGCAUGCCCUGACCAUCAAAGGUUACAAGAGGACCGAUAGGAUCGCAUACGAAUUCGAGAGGUACAAUCUCGUCUUUGUGUCUUUUGAAAUGAGGCGCUCUCAUUAG